AUGUCAGAAUCAGAAGACAAUUCCCAGCUCAAUUUCUUUAACUUCGGUGCAUGGAAUAGUGGAUGUAACAUGGAACUAAUCAAUAAUGAUAUUUGGCCCUUAAAUUCAGGCCCGUUUCUUGCUCAUUCAAAACUUAGUGGCCUAGGUCUUUCAACUGUGAAUAAGCAACCAGAGAAAUUAUCUGGAGAUUCCAAAUUUGACAGUCCAAAUUCCCUCUCUUGGUCACCAAACAACCCUCUUUUGCGACCUCCAAAUAAAAUGUCCAUUUGGUCAAGUGGUUUGCCCUCAUCGGACGUGAAACCUUCAGGAGCUUCCAACCCAUUAUGGGGAAAUUUUAAUAACCAAAAUGACCCACUUGUUUCAGAAGAUAUAUGGGACUCAUCCCAUGACCCAAUAUUUCACAUGCCUAGAAUUAGUAAUGAAUUAGAUUCUUGGAAGCUGGACCAUCCUCAGUGUCUUGGAUCGCCAACAGACGCGCCUACAACUGUCGGGGAUCCUGAUCUCGUUAACAGUCACAGGACUUUGGAAUUACCUCAAUCCAACAACAACAGUAGUAGCAACCUCCCCGACGUUACCGCAAUGCUUUCUGGAUUAACUGUUACGCCCAGAAAUUCUGAAGAGUCAACUGCUCAUAAUAAAACAGCCAUAGGCUCUGCCAAUGAAAAUGAUACAACAGUUCAGGCAUUUACAACAGAGCAAUUGUGUGACCGAUUAAUCAAUACGAAUGAAGGUUGGGGUCGAAGACCUAUUGACCAAGCAACACCAUGGGAACCACUGGAUUCAAAGUUGAAUGACCAAAUAAAUCGUAGUGGUAUUACCACACCUACACCAGGUGCAUGCUCUUCUGGAUAUUUGUCUGGGAAUUACAAGGUGGCCUCACAAGCUCACACAUCCGAUUCCAAUGUAUGGACUAGUGAACCACCAACGGGACAGGGAUAUGGGAAAUGCAUUAUGAGAGCUUAG